AUGCAUGGUACCACUAUGAUCUCCAUGCAACGAUCGCUGUCUUCGCCAGUCCGAACAUGUUCGUCUCCAACUGCGUCUCCCACAACUACGUGCCAGCCAACAUCUGUGAAUCCGCCGCCAAUGCACGCCGAAGCUCGCAAGGAUGUCGCCAAACCGAGCCGGUACCGAUCGCGGAGCCCUUCUCGCUCUUCCGACUCGACGCAGCCGGCACUCUCUUUGCGACAUGCAGACGAAGCCAAGCGCUGGACGUACCAACGAACCCUUUCUGGCACGGCGGCUUCCUGGAAGCCUCUAGUGGCACAAACAGACGUUGUCAGUCAAGGAGGCGAACGACGUGAUCCCGGUGACCAGCCUACUACCACCCCUUCCAUGUCUAGUGAUACCGUCGCUCGACAGUCCCGUACCCAACCACUUUUGCUUGACGUGACCCAAUACACGAAUCCGCACUUUACCAAGGAUGAUGAAAGCGUCACACUACAGGAGCUUGCUCAUGUUGUGCGCCUCUCCAAAUUUCAGGAGCGCAAGCGCGCCAACACCCGUGUGCGUUUGCAAAGGAGUCUAAUCUCAACCGCACUCAGUGCCCGCCUCACACGCUGCGGUGACAUUGCCCACCGCAACCUGGUCGACAGUUUCCGGAAGGACGACAAGGACGGUUUCACACUGCUCUGCAACGCCAUCCAAGAUGUCCGCCAAAGCUGCGAUGAACUCCGACGAUAUGCCAUUCUGGAGCCUGACAUGGGGCCGUUGUCCUCUGCUGCUCUUGGAUCCUCGGAAAGUACCGAUAGUCCGACCAGUUCCACUGUUGCCAAGUCGCCUCUCCAAUCCAUCACCUCGUUCCUGCAUGAUAUUUCUGCUUCGGCCAGAGAGACUUUCCUGGCUUUCUUGUCCGACCUGAGAACCGAUCCGGACUAUCUAGCCACACGGAUAUGUAAUCUGUCCAGUUCCGAGCUCUGUGCUUUCCUUAGCUUCCACAAAGGGAUGGAGCCCGUUGAGUCCGUCUUGCCGUUUCAUGGAAGGUCGGCCAGUAGGCAUCACGCAAGUGCGUCUAGUCGAAGCAAUGCGGGUCCCGAUAUCGAACGACUCCUUUCCUUUCAGCGACACGACCCCCUCUCCAUUCUCAUUCACUCUUGCUUUGCCAAUUCAGCCGGUCCCGACAGCUCCGAGGAUCGACGGCGCACCGAGACAUGGGCAACCGUCCUGGCUAGGCUCAUCGAGCAACCCAAAUCGAGCAGCGAACAGUUCCUCAUCUCCGUGCUCAAUAUCUGGAUAGCCAUGCGCGACUGGUCUGGCAAGUCAAACAUGGAAUGGUAUUUAAUGAAGAUCCUGGAAGAUGGCGCCUUUAUUCUGGAUCGCGCCGAGGAUCAGCACGGAACAAGAUUCAACCUUUCCGACUGGAACUCGUCUGAUGAGGAGGCUGCCAAGGAAUUCUACGACAACGCUGUCCUAGGACUGUUCGAACUGGUGGAUGACGAAGAUGCCACUGGGAUUCCUGAAGGUCUCUUGGAGCUUGGAAAUGCCAUCUUGAGAAAACUCGACAACAAGUAUGUUGAAAACACAUCCCGCUGGCUCGUCUGGAGAUGCCUCUUUUUUGUCUUCCUGCUAGGCGUGAUUGUCCAUCCCGAGUCCCACGGCAUGCUGGCUGAGUAUCACAUCACUCCUUAUGCCCGAGAGAAGAUUCUGAAGAAGGUUGCCAUGAAGGCUCACGAAUAUGUUUCCAGCAUGUGGAGUGGCAAACCCUCUGCCACCUGUGUCCCAGUGGAAGUACCCACCCCGAUCAAGGGACAUGUAGAAAGCAUCCUUGCCAGGUUCCAAGGCUCACGGUCCAAACCCUCGACAGCCAAACUGCUUCCGGCCAGAUCCGUCACUUCUCUGAGGGAGACUGUCGAAGUUCAUCCCUACCUCGUUCUCAGCCCUUCGGACUUGGUUACCCUGAUAAAUGCCCUUUUCCCCGAACGUCGCCCCACGUCUUCAAUGUCGAACAGCCUUCGCUCUGGUUCCGCCUCUGUUUCUCAGCAGGUACCGACGGCCGCAAACCUGAGGAAUGUCAAUCUGGAGACUGCUUCAAUCAUAAGCACUAGUUUUUCGUCUGUCGUGAGCGAUGGAACUACUGGCCCGCGAGAUGGCUUGCAAGACGACCAGUCGAGUGGAUUUUCCCAAAGAUAUUCCCCACCUUCGGCUGAUCCCGAAGACCAGAGGAGACUGAACCACUACGACGAUGACGGCUACCGUUUGCGGCUCGCCCUCCAUGAGUUACGUCAGACGCUGGGGCAUGGAGAAACCAAGGGCCUCUGCCAUCCUUGUGCCGAGCGGUGGACAGUCCUCUUCAUUUCUUCAGACGGCGGCAAGCUGUCAACGACAAUGACCUACGACCCUGAUGAAGAUAUGGAUGAGGGCGACGACGACUCAUCUAGUACUGACACGGAUGAAGACGAGGACGACCACGGCCCGGAGCUUGACAAGGAUUAUUAUCAGCUACGUGAUGCCAUUUUGAGGAUGGUCGAGGAAUACGAUUUGCCCCGGAGCCUGGAGAAAGCUGGCGACUCUGCCCCUCAGCUGACGAACCGUGCUUCCAGGCUUCGAAGGUACAAGUCAAAGAACAGGAUCAUCACAGCAGAAAAGUCCAUGUCAAGCCGCAACCCGUACAGGUCUCAUGCUUCUGCCAAGCGCACCAACCCUUCCGCAAUCGCGGAGUCGGGUGGCACAUACGGCGCGACGUCAGGCACGAAUCAACCGCCAAAUGACCAAGAAGAUGAACCAGUCCUACUCCAGAUGCUGAGGGCUGCUUCGUCUCAGUCCAAAGCCCAGGCUGAUUUCGUAUCGUCUCAUGUUUACUGGAAAGCGCUGAAAAACCUCUCCAACCUGGAGUCACAAUCUCUCCGUGCGAAUGGGUAUGCGGUGCUAAUCAACAUAUUUUCCCGCGGACCACGUGAUUCGAUGCGACGAUCUGCGGCAGCUAUUGAGGAGUACGACGCAUGGCUAGUGUGGCUCAAGCAGAGCCAGGAACGGCAUGAGGCCUUGAUCGACCAAAUGAUGAGGCGUGUUCGGGCGAUGCGGGACAAGAUGUGGUUCGUCACGGAUGUUCGAAACUCCAAAGAGUAUGGCCACAGCCGCGAUAUAUGCCAGGCAUUGAAGAAGAUGGGUAUGCCGCGAAGAUGGAAUUCAUUACAGAGAUGCCGAGCCAAUGCCACCCGUGCUCCUACAUCGUUUUAUCUGUAUCGCACCGAGUCGCAGAUCAUGGAUCUCUUGGCUGCUCCAGAAGAGCAGGGCGGGCCAAACAAGUUGAGUGACGAUCAAGCUGAGAUGACGUCCCUCUGGUUGCAACAAUAUGGCAUCGAGAAUUUCUGCCAGGGAGAAGAGAGAAUCCACAGAUUCUGCUGCGAGGUGGACAAGUGCAUAUCCAAGCUUGUUGGCGAGACAAUCCGAGAUGCUCCUGUGCUGUGGUCAAGCGAUCUCUACAAGCGCGAGAAACUCGUGUACGACGGUAUGCGAGCUCGCGAGAAGGAUCAAGGCUGGGCCAACGACGACACUGCGAGCGUUAUUAGCGACUGCGACAGGCGCCUUGGGUCAGCUUCAGGGAGACCAAGUUGGUUGGGCCGCGAGACACGAAACACCAGCCACUCCAGCGUAAGCCAACAUUCCUCGGAUGCAUCCCGAAUCAACUUUGCCAGGCCAACUGCCUCUCUCUCGGACGUUGUGGACAGCCAGGACUAUUUUGAAAAAUCAUCGCCGGCCAAUACUAUAGACUCGGUCAGUACGUUCUGGUCGCCCUUCCAACCGGUACUGUCCCCUGGGUCAGGCAUCUCAAGGGCCUACUCUCCCACUACAAGCCUGGCAAACUUUUCGACGACAUUUUCUGGGCCUUUAAAUCACGCGCCUUUACCCUCUAGCUCGAGCGUCUCGACAGGGCGGACAGGGACGUCGACGUCUUCCAACGAAACAGUCUUUCAGCAGCGUUACGAGGACGAGAAGACUCGUUUCUUAGCCGACCUGCGACAGACUCUCACGAGCCUUAUUCUAUCAGAUCUAGGAAGCCAAGUGCUAGCACGUGGUUCGGAGACCGAUUUCUGGUUUCACAGCCUCGGACAGCAGUGCAUUGAUAGGAAGGAUGCCCUUGAUUGUCGCGCCAGAAGAUUCUCCGAGAAGAAGGAUAAGGACGCUGGCAGUCGAAGUGGCACACGGCCCAGAGUUAUAGAAAAGAAGAAGAGCUUCAGAAAUCUGAGGGGCGUCGGUGGUGGUGAUGCUGCAGGUGACCGAAGUUCAGAAUUGCCGUCCAUUAGCGUUUGCGAAGACACCGACACUCCUCUCGGAAUCAAUGGCCAGACAAGCGGCACAAGGCCAAGCAUUGCUAAAGAUGGCGGAAUCGACUUUCCAUUCAAGAAGGCAUAUCAUCGGCUGUUGAACAUGUUCAGCGUCAACCCCAACCCCUUUGCUAAACUGAACGCUCUCAACGAGCUGGAGAACCUCAUAGUUGCCUCGCUGAUGUGGAAUGGCUCGAAAAAGCUCAGAGCUAACCGAUCGGAUGCUGGGUCUAGCUCUGCAGAAGAUCGCGGCGUACAUCGACAAACCCCUCUUGACGGGACUAUCGACAAUGUGAAGGAACGUCGGUUUCAGGCACUCCAGUCUGGUUUCCAGACGACAGGAUACGGACACCAGCCGCGGCAGGCAAACCCCGAGACCAGAUCGGUUGUUUCUACUAGCGCGGCAACUACAGAUCUGAUCACGAGCGAGUUGCAGAGGCUUUUCCGGGAUGCAGGCAUCCGGCCCAAGUCACUUUUUCGGGAUCUGCAGCUCAUCGCCUCGUUUGUGCCGCCUUCCAUACUUGAUCGACCGGAGCGGGGCAAGGCGUUUUGGAAUGCUGGUCUGGCAGCCUUGAAGCUCAAGUCAGAAGUCUGUCUCACCAUGGUGGAAAUGGCAGAUGAGGUGAUUGCAGCCCACACACGCUCCCGAAAGUCUGCUGGCGACACCAACAACAACAACAGCAACAACAAUAACAACAUGCCACCUGCACCGCAGUCGCCGUCUCUGACGGGCACGCCGCCGCCACCGUCAACAACCUACAAAUUGGACGACGUGGGUAAGAUGUGGGCAAUCACAGCGAGGGAGGGCUACCCGACUGCACAGCGAGAACUGGCGCUCUUCUACCUUUCCAACCCCGAAUUUGUAGAACGCACCACGCUCCCUCUCUCAAAACCCCGGCAAGUCUUCAAGCAGGCCGUCAUGGACAGAUAUGGAAGACCCGAAAGGGCUCGAGGAAACGUCGGAGUAGCUGGCCCGGCUGCUCUCGCGAACGGCGGAACGAACGCGCGCGCGAUGCCUGCCGGGCCCAAUGCUGCUGGGGUCGGGUCAGCCGCUGUCAAUGGUAAAGGGGACGUGAGAAAUGACGUGGGACUCAUGUGCGUCGCGGUCCAUUGGAUGGAAGCGGCCGAGCAGGGAGGCGAUGACUUGGCGACCAGCUUUUUACGACAAAAUGAAUUCAUGACCCUGGCAUGA